CGAAAGUGAACCGAUCCGAGGCAGUGUGGUUUGUGGCGCGUACGCGAUCGAACGUCCCGCCGUGCCCGUCGUGCAAAAGAAAAGUGUACAAGUCAUCCCCAGAGAGAGAGAGAGAGUGGACGGGUAGUGUCUGAAGUGUCAUUGAAGCGGCAGUGAAACGUGGUGCGCUUUUUGCAAAUUGCCGUGGAGAAAGGAUAUUAUGCAAUAAACAAGAAUGGCCUGUGAGAGUGUUUGCUGUGCGAUGUUGCUAGUGCUGGUGCUUGCGAUCGUGUCCCCGGGGGUACAGAGUGCAGGACGUCCCCCGUUCCUGAGCCGCAGGGAACCUCCGCGUACGCUGCAGAUGAUCGGUUCGGUUAACCCGCGCAUGCUGCACAAGAUCAGUGCCGAUCUGCAGCCCGACACCUCCAAAGUCGUCCACAUCCAGGUGCCGUACUACGUCGAGCGGCCCAAGCAGCGGCCGACAAAGUUCCAGCCCUGGGUGCUACCGCCCCGCAACCAGCGGUUUGCGUCCUCCGGCGGUGGACCACCUCAUCACCAUUUCGCUCCGGUGCAGCAGCAACUGCACCAUCCCGGGCCGGUCCCUCCCUUCGGUGGCCCGUUCCGGGAAGCCCCGUUCAAGGCGAAACCGAUCCUGCCGAACGAGUUUCUCGCCAACCCGGGCCCGUACGAUACGCCCUUCGUGCCGGUCAUGAAACCUAGCCCCGUUAAUCCACUGCCGGUCGAGCCGGCCCCGCCGGAGAUUGCGUUCGAGCCGAUCAGCAUACUGCCGCUGGAGUCGCCCUCCUUCGACACGGUGCGCAACCACGUGCGCUAUCUGAAGCAGAAGCAGGCGGCGUUCUUCGAGGGCCAGGGCCGGGAGUUUGGGCUGGCGGGGGGUGGUUCGGUGGCACCCGAGGAGCUGGCGUACUACGGCGAGCAUGCCGGUGGGUCGUCGGUGCACAAUGGUGAUCCGGAUCGGGACAGCGAGCGGAACACACUGUCCGAGCAUGACUUUGGGCAGAACGACCGGAAGUACGACCGGCGGGGGAAGGCGCACGAGGUGGUGGUGAAGGAGGAGGAGGAAGAGGAGGACGGUGAGGAGGACUUUUACGACGCGGAGGGCAAGCAGUACCGGGACGAUGAUUUUGAAGAUUCGCGGGACGAGGCGGACCGGGUGGCAGCCUUUGAGCCGAAGAAGGUGUACACGCAGGUGCGGCAUCGGGAGGUCGUACGACACGUUCCACGGUUGGAGGAGCCAGGAAAGGAGGAUGAAGAGGAGGAUCAUGGUGAGGAUCAAGAUGAGCAGGAAGAUCCCAAGCAAUCAGAUGAUGAAGAUGAUGAGGAAGAGGAGGAUGAAGAUCACCAGGAACGUCACACCGAACGACGUCCAGUUCGGGAGCGCAUUAACCUCCAGCGCAAGAACAUCGUGUACUCCGAAAAGGGACGCCAGGCACACAAGUUCGAUCAUGGUUCCGAGGAGUCGUUCGGUGAGUUUGAAGAGAACGAGAAGGCAAAGCCAAAGCGUCGCAACCGUAUAAAAAGAUCUCUGGACGAUCGGGAGGAGCCUGACAUGCUUCCAGCGCAACAAGAAUCCAAUAGGACCUCACUGGUGGACGUGCUGGCGAUGAUGAUCCUCGACAACGACACACUCCCACCGCACGCCGAAGCACUAACCGAUCCGCGCGAACUGCACGGCGAAGAAUUGAUCCGCUUUCUGGACGAAGCGAUCCAGAACACGACCCAGUACCUACCCGACAAGCGGACGCACGUCAUCAGCAUCGUGUCGCCGCCGAGCAAUGUGGUCAAGUUCCCGUACUACACCCGCCCGGCAAGCGAGAUCGAUGUGGAUUCGGCAUUGAGGUACGCGGAAAACCUCACCAGCUUUAGCAACGGGCUUUAUGGCACGAAAACAUCGGAAGGGAUUGAGUGUAACGAGGUGGAUGUGGAGCUGGAAGAAGAACCGGAACCGAUCGAAGAUGGCGCGGAAGGGUUCAAACCGAUCCGGCGACUGAAGGGACUGGGCGAUAAGAUCGACUGCCUGAAGCGGAAACACUUUGGCAGCGAGCCGCUCGAUAAUCCACUGUUUCGGGAGGAGUUUGUCGGCGUGCCGCGGAAGCUGUACGUCCCUAAAGGCACUACGCCGGCCGUACCUCAGCAGCAGCAGCAGCAAACGCAACCGAACCCAGCCGUCGCCGUCUACAACGAUGUCAUCCGGCACAUCAAGAAGCAUCUGGCGAGCCAGCAGCGGCGCAAAAACUCCAAAUCCGACACGGAGCAGGACACGCUAAUGAUAGCGGUGCCGCGUGUCCUCCGGCUCGACCGCAACGAUGCCCAGCCGGCAUCGUCCGGGGUGCAUCUGAAGCGUGAGGCACGGCUGGUGUUCCCGCAAGCGAACCCACUGCCCCUCUCGAACCACAUCAGCGUGCCGAUCUUUGACAUUAGCAAGUUUGUGCCACGGUUUAUGAUGCGCCCGAACGACGAUCUGUACAGUGAGGAUUUGCUCCCCACGGUUACUGUGCCCACAACGACACCGGUGCCCCGGCUGAGCAGUCCCAAGGUGAGGCUGCAAACGCUGGUCCGCACGGCGGAACAGCUAGCCGAAGGGGCGGUUGCGGUGGAGGAAGGUGUGGAGAAGAUCCUGCUGACGACACAGCGCACCCCGACCGGUACGGUGCGGGACGACAUUGCCGAUGCGUUUGACGACGUGCUGGCGAAGCCGAACCAACCGCCGGCCCCGCUGCCACCGAUCAAGCCGUACAGUGUGGUCGAGCAGGACGCCAGUGGACCUCCGGAGCCGACGUUCAACAAAUCCGGCCCACCGUAUGCCGCGCUCGCCCUGGAACCGCCGGUCGCGCAAAGCAUCCUGAAGCAGCGCAUUGCGCCACUGGAGCGCAACCGGCUCGACGUGGGCAAGGCGAAACGUUCGCCGGUGGUGAAGAUGCGCAAACCGCGAAGGCCCACGGUGACGCGCAAGAAGGUGCUCGUGUUUUACACCUGAAGUGGUGGAGGGGGGGGGGUAUGAAAGGGAAU